AUGUUAUACGGUGGGGUUGAUGGUUGCGAUACAGAUUACGGUGGAUGUCAAGGAAGCAAUGGGGUUGGAGGUGCGAGUGGUAGAAAUUGUGAUGAUAAUGGUGGGCACUUUGAUUGUGGACAAGAUCAAUGUGGUGGAGGAAAUAAUGGUGAGUCUAGUAGUGUGGGCGGGGGUGGCAGAGGAUCGGGUGGAUUUGGAAGUGGUUUUGGUUUUGGAGGUGGCAGCUAUGGAGGAGGUGGGCUAUGGAGGAGGGGGGCGGGGCAGGUGGAAGUGGUGGAGGAGGUGGCGGAGGUGGAGUUGGAAGCGGCGGUGGGGGUGAAUGAGAUCAAGGUCAGGGGUGCUCCUAGCUAG